CUCAUACCACAUGCUGGUAUGCAUUGUCGCUAGUCUCCCAGCAUUGCAGCUGCCUCAGAUUGCCAAUGCACUCUUUGGCCGCUCGUUUGCUAUCUCUUCACGAACGCGCGGUCACAAAGUGCAUUUACAUCCCUUGAGUAUGUUCUGUAUGUACGGUUACUGUGUGUGUAUUCGAUCUAUUCUGGUUUCCAAUACAUCCACAUUACGCCCGAUGCAUCAGCACUUGAGUGCUGUCGAUGGACUGAUAUCAUUGCGUGGUUUACACGGCCCUCAGCCCAUGCAAGUAAUUUGCAUCCUGAGGCUUGCUCAUUCCACCGACUAUUUCGAGCUCUUCCUGUCUGAAUCAGUCAUUGCCAAUGCACUCCAAGUCAUGUAUCAUUCAAUGCAUUAUCUGCGCAACGAGGUUAGCCAGAAGUGUGAGUGGCUCGAGGUUGUGACAUUGUUCCUGUUGUUCGGUCCGACAAUCAACGUUCAAUCCAUUACGCACAUGGGUGGCUGAAGCUGAAAGCAGUCGUCUCUUGGUCUUGACCUCCAAUGCACCUCACUCUCCUGAACCUCACUGAGGAUUCGAUUGUCUUCACCUGCAACGACCGAUUGUCCGAGAAACACCACGACCUCCUUCCUCUGCCAUCAUCCGCAGUCCAUGCUACGCUCCCGAAGUUCUGCACUGCGACCUUGUCUACCGCUGGCGAGAAGCAGUCUGCUGUCGCGACGAUUCGUCUUUCUGGAGCCAAGGGUGGCUCAUGGGUCCCCAUCGAGGUUCCAGCAGGGUGUCCGUGGCGGGUGUAUCUGAGCAAGUGCGCUCGAGGACAGUACAAGCUAACGGUGCUACCUCAUCGAGAACUGGCUUCGUUCUUGUCUGACAUACCCGACGACGUCCCUCUAUCACAAUGCUUGUUACCCGGUACUCAUGACACAAUGGCAUUCUACGGGUGGCCGUUCUCGCAAUGCCAAUCCAUCUCGACCCCGCUGAACGUCCAAUUUCGAUCCGGAAUCCGGUUUCUAGAUAUACGACUUACACCGGUCCAGGGUCGUUUGAUCGCUUACCACGGCGCGUAUCCGCAGAAGACCCCGUUCCAAGACAUCCUCAUCACUGUGCAUGAGUUCCUGACCUCGGAGGAAGGCUCGAGGGAGACCGUCGUUAUGUCGAUCAAGCAGGAGGCGCCUUCAAACGUUUUCUCACAGCUGGUGCACGACGAGAUCGCUUAUGGACGGGGUGGACGUGAUAUGUGGUUCUUCGAGUCGCGGGUACCCACACUGGGUGAGGUCCGAGGAAAGGUUGUCUUGUUCAGUCGAUUCGGGAACGGAGAUGGCUGGGAAGGCGGGCUCAACGGCAUGGGGAUACAUCCGACCUAUUGGCCCGAUAGUGAGAAAGAUGGCUUUACCUGGAUGUGCAAUGAUACGGUAGUGCGCACAAAUGACUGGUACAGCAUCCCUUCGUUCCUGUCUAUACCCGAGAAAGUCGCUCUUGCGACGGCAGUCAUUGAGCCUCAUCCGACGGACGAGACAAUCCCCGCGCUGCCCAUCACCUACUUUUCUGCGGCCAGCUUUCCGCUUGCAGCACCGCAGACGAUCGCCCAGGGUUUUGGGUGGCCAAAGCUGGGCUUCGGAGUGGAAGGGGUCAACGACCGGCUCGGGAAAUGGGCCCUGGACCAGCUAGAGUCGGGCGGUCGGACUGAGAAGAAGGGCGAGCCAAGAAUCCGAGGCUGGGUCUUCCUCGACUACUACGAAGAGCCUCAGAACUCCCUCGUACCACUCCUUAUCGAGUUCAACCACCGGGGCAGGAAGGCCGGUCAGGAGGGUUGGUAAGAGGAAUGGAAUCCCCGUUGUGUAUGAAUUAACAGGGCUACUACACGAUUAAUCCAUUAAUGUGUACAUUACGGUUGUGCUCUUUCCUUGCCUUUACCCUCUAAUGCGGAAGACAGUCGAUUGAGUAACCUUCCCUGGGCUUCGACCAUGGAUUUCAAUUCAGUUAUCUGCUGGCUUAGUUCCAAUUGGUUGUGCGCCAGUUUCCGAUUCGACAAGUCAUCUGAUGGGCUCAGACGACGGGACGAGAUGAGCGGCGACUCGGGCUGGGAUCCUGGAGACUGCAAAGACCAUCUCAAAGACCGCAAAGUAGAUAACGAUGUAACGUACUUCACGAGCCAUGCGCUCCCAAACCAUGCUGAACUCUCUCCCCAGCACAAAACUUGGUAGGGCGAUGAGCAGCAGUCCGAAGAUGAGCAGAGGAAUUGUGAUCAGACGGCCGAGAAAUGAACGCGGGGUGAUUUCUCCGUAGCCCACAGUUGUUAUGGCUGAUAGAAAUGUGAGACGCCGCAGAAGAGGGCGAGCGACAACACGUACUGACUAGAACAAACCUGCGAGAGAUUUCUAGGUAAUUGGAAUGAGAAAUAGUAUGCGAACAUACCAGGCAGCCGCCGGGAUUGACUAGAAAGAUUUCAUCAAUCCACCAAAUAAAAUCUUGUCCAAAAAACGCACUGCAAAUUGUGAUGGGUCGCCGUCUGUAUUUAUAAACGUUCCAAGAAUAUCGUCCCAGGUACCGCGCUCGGCGAAAUAUCUGUCAAGAUCCUUAGCUAUUGGGCUCGGAGCUGAGAUGAGAAUCGUACAAAAGUGUACUGAACACGGUUAGGGCCAUGACAACAAAGAACCCGACAGCGAAAAGCGCGUGCUGAGAUUGUCGCACGGCAAUGUAUAUCACCUCUAUCGUU